AUGCGCUUAUCUCCGGCGCCACCUGUCAACCGUCAAGACCAGCCGCAGGUUGUUUCCGAUGUCACCGAAGGGUCCCCACACGACGACCAGCAAUUUUUCGACGACCAUACCCUUCUGUUGAUAUCAGGACUUCUACCUGAGUCUACGCCGCCCAGCCCCUUGACUUUCGACGACUUAGAAUCCCCGUUGGGUCCAGUUCUUUCUACACGCAGCUCCAGAGAGCCCGUUGUGGCAGCCCAACCUCCCCUCGUCACGCCGAUCCAGACACCCGUCGAACACGCCGAGCCUGACUCGUACGAGCGACUUCUUAAGCCUUUGACUGGAUCUUUCUCAGAGGCCACCUCGACCGAUCUUACGCGCAUGAUAGAGACUUCUAUCCCCAAUACGUGCAGUGAUAUGGAGUGGACUACGUCCGAUGCGACUUUACAACCGGCGAGCGGGUUCAUGGACGACGAGCUGGACACGGAAACUCUCGACAGUAACGUGCUGCAGGCAGCAUCCGGCUUUAUCUCGGAUCCACCCACACCACAUCUCCAUCCAGCGUCUGCGCUAUUGGACAGUAGCUAUCCGCAACAAGACCAUCCUGCACUCGCCGCGUGUGUAACACCCGUUGCUGGCGGUUUAUCCAUGAGCAACGCAGAACCGAUGGACACCUCGUCCGAUGCACAACCGCAGCCAGCAUUCGGCAAGGCCGUCCCCCAGCCACCCAGUCGAAAGCUUGAUGCGGCCCCAGAGUCACAUAUGCACGGGAUCAAUGACCCCGAUUUAGACUCGUACAUUCGGCCUGCCACCGGGUUUGCUCCCGAUGAAGACGAGGCUGAACCGUCCGACGGACACACGGUCCUCCAACCCGUUAUUGGGUUUCUUCCCGAUGCGGACCCGCCACCACCGGAAGAUUCAGGCAUGGUGCGCGACACGCGGACACAUCACAUUGUGAGGAUAAUAUUUAUGUUGUACCUUCACAAUGAUGGUGACUUGAACCCGUCUACUUGCUUUUAUCAGACGUCAGGAGCGCCAACGAUUCAAGCUGCGGAGAACGUCGAGUCCCAAGGAUCACCCAGGGGCGGUAGAUCAAGUUCCGACGUCAAGUCCCAAGCCCCCAGAGCUCCCGAAGGGACACGGCCGCUUCGGGACGUCGUAUUUGACUUGGACCAGCCAGCUGCAUACCGCCAAGCUUGUAUGGAAGAUCUGAACGAACCAAACGAACCAAGGGGGUUUAGAGACUUUGUCAGCCGUAGUGAUGCAAGUAUAAGUAUGUAG